CCGGAGCCCGGAAGUGCGGGUCGGGAACGCGCCGGGGCCCGGAAGUGCCGAGCCAGAACCGCGUGGGACAGCCGGGUUCGUUGGGCUCAGAGAGCCAGGCGGUGCGCGGGAGCUCACAGCCCCCCCGAAGGCGGAGAAGCGGGCGUGAGGCCAGGUGGCCGACUGCCUCCCUUCCGUUGGUCGGAGUGACCGAGUGGUUCCUUGGACAGCUGCAGUGUGGGUGACGCGGCGAGGCCCCGGGGGAUGUUUUACCCCCUCUCCCUUCCCCAGUCGCUGGCCUCUCGCCUCCUGCAGGCAGGCGUGGAGGGAGCGUCCCCCGGAAAGAGCGGCGGGGUAUGACCUGGGGAUCCUGGGCUCGUCUCGUUCUGGUGGGGCUCAGUUUCACCCAGAGUGGGGCUUCGGGUUGCAUUUUCUCAGGUGUCCCCCAGCCCCGACCUCUGUGAGCCCUGAACUCCAGCUUAUGCGGUUUUUGACGAUGCCGCCGCCGAGGCUUUGGGCGCGGUGCCCAGGGUCAGGAGGCGCUGGCUCUGCCGUCAGUGGGACCGGGCUGCAGAUCCCGGCCAGCCGCCUUCUGACCGUCUUUGCGCUGUGCCCUCUGCCUGGCGCUCGGUGGCCCUUACUCAGUGGGUGCUCUUCUCCCCUCCCCGUUGUGUGGUGAAUGGCUUGGUGUUGUGGCUUUCCUGGUUGGAUCACUGCCAUGUACACCGCUGGGCACAGGACAGGCAUUAAGAAUUGAAUUCCAUCCCAGACAAACAGACCUGCAAUUCCUGAUGUGACGGGAGAGUCAGAUUUGCUGGCCUGAAAUAGAAAAGCAAGUCGUGGAACUUGGGUCCUGACUCCUUCUUGUGAGAGACUGAAGAGAUGGAAACCAUGCAGUCUGCGAAUAAAAAUAGGAUCCUGCCCGCGUGGAUGACAGCCCAGGUGGUUGAGAAGCCAGUGGUGCCAGCAAAGGACCCCAAGAGGAGGAGAACGGCCGUGGUGAAGGCAUCAGCAGCAAGACUUCCCGCCAUGAGAACCGUGUACUGCAUGAAUGAAGCAGAAGUCGUCGAUGCCGCCCUGGCCGUCCUGAUCGAGGGCCGCAAAUGGGAAAAGUCCUUGGAGCAGAAGGCCCCGGCCAAAGCUGAUAAGCUGGAGCUCUCCCCCCGCUCUUUGAGGUCACCAUGGUCUCCUGGGGGCAGAAGUGAGGACAAGGACAAUGGCGAGGACAGCCUUCCCCCCAGCCUCGGCCCUUCCCAGGAGCUGGGGGGAUCUGACUCUACCCACAGCGAAAGCCAGAAGGAAGAGGAGGACGCCUUGAAAUAUGUCAGGGAGAUAUUUUUCAGCUGAUGGGGCCCUGUUCCAGGACUUCCUUCUGAGAGCCGCUGAAGGACAGUGCUGAUGGGCUGUCUGCCUUCAGCCUCCCGAUGCCCUAGGCGGGCAGGUCCACCCAGCUCAGAAGCCCUGGCACUCAGGCCUUGGGAGCUGCUUUAUUGAGUGUGUGGAAGUGAGGCGUCAGGAGGAGCCCCCUGGCUCUGCCCAAGUCCCCUCCCAGCCCCGAGGAUCCCCAGUCUGUUUUAUUCAGUUAUGACGGUCCAGGGAAGAUGAGGCCACGGGGGUCAAACCGACUGGAACCAAGGAGUUGUUAACAAUUUUCAAAGAGAAGCUCGGCUGCCAAACAGGUGAGACCCUCCAGGUUAGUGGGCACAGCUUCUCCUUGCCCAGGAUCUUCCGCUGCAGCGCAGACAACCAGUCAGUCACUCGGUGAGCCCUGACUGCUCCAGGCGCCCCGGACAAACCCUGCCCACGGUCUGCAUCCAGGGCUCCAGGCACCCCGGUAUAAACCCUGUCCAUAGUCUGCCAUCCAGGGCUCCAGGCACCCAGAAAAACCCUGUCCACAGUCUGCCAGCCAGGGCUUCAGUCGCCCAGGGGGGUGGGUUGGUGAAUGGUGAACCACACAGGCCUCAUCACUGGCAGUCUCUGCCGAGGACAGACGGACACUGAAUGCAGCCCAAAGUGAGAGUGGGGAGGAGCCAGGCUGCUGCCUCAGGGUGCAGCGUGGCCCUGACGGGCAUGGGGGUGCUUCCUUUGCCAUCCAGUUUCCAGCACAGGUACUGAUGCUGUAUCCAUUCCCCAGUGCAGAGGUGGCCCUGCUCUGUCCUCUCCAGGGCCACGGCAUAGUCUUUGUGGGGCCCCAUCCCUCUCACCUUCUCCCUCCCGACAUUUGGCCACUCUGCCCUGCUCCCAGGUCAGCCACCAGGAAUGGAUCUGCCAGCUGAGCCCCUGUCUGUCUGCCUCCAGCUGUGGGAUUUUCAGAGAACCCUCCAAAGCCACCCAGGCUGCUCUCCUUGUCCUGCGUGUCAUGUGAAUCCUCAGAAGCCAUUCCUGGGCUCACGGGGUUGGCUCUGGGGGUGGAGGCACUGGGCAGGGCUCAUGUCCCACCCCUCAGGUGGAGUAGCUGGAGCGGGGAGCAGGCAGGGGAAUAGGGCCACGUGAGAUCCAGGUCCCUGGGGACACUAAGGCGCUCUGUCCUGUGAUGCCCCUCCCCAUGUUUGUUGCCAUAAAAACCUUGCUUGGGUUCUACUUUGCCAGAAUCAGACUGGACAUGUGGCCCUGUGGUAGGUGUCCCUGCCUCCACACCCUCCCGAGGAUACACUUGGAAGGGUUUGCUCAGGUUAAUUAAAGCAGACGUGUGUGGCAACGAGCUGUGUGGUUUUGGGAGGGGGCCUUGGAGGUCCCGAAGGACAGAUGCCUACACUAGGAAGUCGCAGGGCCCAGUGACCCUUGCCACUCUGGGCCUGAUAGGUCUGCAGCGGGUCCCCUCUGCCAAAGCUUGAGGUCAGCAUCAGCUGUGAACAGGAUGGCUGAGGAGAGACCAGCCUGAGAAUUCUCUGGCAGCAUCUGAGCAUAGUUCAAACAACACACCCUCACAGUUGCGUGAGCCUUUAGAGAGGACUAGCAGCUCUCAAGCUGGCUCUUGUCCCUCCCUGCCCCCAGAGGGAAUGCAGCUGUGACCACAAGCAGGAGAAUGAGCAAGGCCUGGGCAGUGCCCAAAGCUAGAAACCCCGGACCCAGCAGGGCGAGCCGGAGCCACCUCCACACCAAGGACAGGAAGAGGCCCAGGCCACUGGCCAGCAGCACCGUGGAAGCUGCCAGGAAGCCCACGGCCAGCUGCCACUCCCCCUCAUCCCUCUUGCACCGUGCCAGGAGAAGUGGCAGGGGGACAAAAAGGGUGAGGACCAGGGCCCCGUAGACUCCCAGCCGGGCCAGGGCCAGGCCGGCCCGCGGCACACCCAGGGCCUCCAGCUCGGGGAACUGGUGGCACUGCAGGCGGUCUGUGUCCUCAUUCCACAGGCAGAAGUUAUAGAAACCGAUGCGGAGGUCAGGCAGCUCGGUGAGGUCGCCGGCCUUCCAGAGCAGUGCGUAGAAGAGCAGGGCGAUGACCAGCAAUGCAAGGCCCAGGAUCCCCAGGAACAGCAGGCGGCCGCCCCGCUGCGGCUCCGGGAUGGCCAUUCUCGCCAGGCACCUGAGGGGAGGCACCCCGUGAGUGUCCAGGUUCCCCUCUCCUUCCCAGCUGUCCCUGGCAUCCCCUGAAGGCAGGGGGCAAAAGGACAAGCAAUCUGAGAUACCCGUGUUGAGACCCACUUUCUAAGUCAGCACCUGCCCCUGGGCUGAGUUCAGAAGUCUCUUAAAGGCUUAUCACCUGCUGUGGAGUUGAGUCCGACUCAUGGUGACACCGUGUCUGUCAGACUAGAACUGUCCUCCACGGGGUUUCCAAUGGCUGCUUUUUUUCAAGUUGAUUGCCAGCCCUUUCUUCUGAGGCACCUCUAGGUGGACUGGAACCUCUAACCUCUUGGUCAGCAGCCAGGUGUGUUCACAAUUUGUACCACCUAAGGACUUCUUCCAGAGGCUUGGAAUGCCUGCGUUGUCUUACCUGAAGUGCCCUUGGCCAACCUUUGUAGCAGGUUAAAUAUAACAGACUAUUGGAAACUUUCAUUUUAUUGUUGGGGGGGGCGGCAUUUGGUCCGGGUGCUGCCUUGUGGGAGCACUUGGUUGGGGCAACCACGUUUGCUACAGAAAGAAUUCUCAGGAGAAAAAGGUGUCUUUAGCCUCCAUGUUAGAUCUAGUCUUCAUGUUAGAUUGGUAUGAAGGGGAGUUUUAACCAGUGCCGCCGUAUAGAAUAUUCCCUGUGGGAACAUGUGUUGUGUAGUUUUGGGUGUUUAACAAAGCCUCUGUCUGUGUUUUUAACGGACCGAGGAGUUUUCUGGUGUGGGGUGGACUCCCAGGCCUGCAGCGCCAUGUAUACCUCACGCUCACAGGACGGAAGGCGUGAUUGGCCUCCGCUGUCCGGGCACCAGCUAGGGUGGACAUGACUGCACACACGCCCCUUCUUGUUUCUCCCAGAGAAGCCCGUUACACUUAUGUCCAAAAACUGUUACGAAGUGUUUUUGACGUGAAAACAGCUCAAGUGAAAAAUGCAGCUCCUCCCGGAGGGGGAGACUGCACCACCUCACGCCGCGCCACGCGCAGCGCUGUGUCUGACUUCCUCAUUUUCUCUCGACUGGCUUUGAAGGGUUUAAAUGGAGAAUGAAACGAAAGUGGAGCCUAGAAGCCUGUGACCAGUCAUGUGGAGGAAGUGAGAGCUCGGGUUUCCUGUUUUCCCUUCUCACUGUAGGCACUGAGAAUUCGGUCUCUGACCUGGUGCCUGAGGCCCUCCACCUUCCCACCCGAUGGUACGUGCACUUGUCCGGUAGGCCCAGCUCCUCUGUCUCCACCCUGGCUCUGUGAUCCGGACCCACCUGCCAACUCUUGACAGCCACUCCCGACUCCCCAGGCCCUCUUCUUAGCCUCUAAUCCUGCCAGCUCUUCAGCCAGCCCAUACUCUGGGUUAGCCAUGAGCCCACUGAGGCUGUCGGCUCUCUGAGGAUCUGUUUUAUCCCUGCGUGGGUGCCUGGCACACAGUAGGGCUCAGUACAUUCUUCAGUGAAUGAAAAUGCCAUCUCCUAUCCUUCAGUUAUUUCUCCUUAAGACAGCUGAGCUUCCUGAGAGCAGGGGCCACGCUAUCUGUCUCCAUUAAACAGUGCCCCCAGCACUCAACGUGGAACGUUUCAUACGUGCCUCCUUUGACAAAUGGGAAGAUGACAGGAGCGCUUGUACACAGACAGCAGAGGUCUGUUCUCACUUCUUUUUCUAAGGGCUUCAUAGUGUGAGGAGCCCUGGUGGCACAGUGGUUAAGAGCUCAGACUGCUAACUGAAAGACUGGCAGUUUGAACCCACCAGCCAUUCCUUGGAAACCCUGUGGGGCAGUUCUACUCUGCCUAUAGAGUGGAAACGAGUAGGAGUUGAUAGCAAUAGGUUUGGUUUGGUUUUUGUUCACAGUAUCUGGGCAUUUGGCUGGAAACCCUGUGUCACCACGUGCCCUUGUCUGCUGCCUGAGAGCCUGGCCUUGUUUUGGUUUGUAACA